CUCCCGAAUAUUCAUGAGAAACUUAACACUGAACUGAGCUCGAGCUUGAGGCGUGAAGAUUGGCGUCACAGUUCAUAUCAGGAAAAAAGAACAACAGACCGACCACACACAACAAUCAAGCUACUACAACAAUUCCCAAUUCAACAAUUUCUCUGUACGACUCGAGAAUUUCAAUUCGAAAUAAUAUAUACUUAUAUAGAAAUGGAUCAUCGGCGCCGUCGCAACGCUGUCUUCUACGAUCCCAACAAUCUGACCAAUGCAGUUUCGAAUUCGCGGGAAUUCCCACACGACUCCUCCGCCUCGGAGAACGAGUGUGAUGAGAGUGUUCAGUAUAUGGAUGAGAAGUUUCGUGAGUGGCGUGAAAGCUUGUUGCGUAAUCGUGCCGCAUUUAACGCAUAUGAACGCGAACGUCGUGAUAUUUCGAAUACGCUCAAGGAGAUUGUUCAGGAUGUAAAGAAGUUGCGCAAAGCCAUUGGCGAUGACAUUCUAAAUGCUCCCGAUGUGGAAACAAGACCACAACCACAACCACUGCCACAACCACAACCACAAGCCCAACCACAACCACAACCAAUGCCUCAGUUAAUGCCGCAGCCCGCAGAAUUGAAGCCAUUGAUUGAUGUGCAGGCAGGCGGCGACAAUGGCCAGCAGCAGCAUAUGAUGUAUCAUAGCGAAUUGAUGCGUCAGCAUCUGGCAGAGAAGGAACUCUACGAGCACCAACUGUUGAAGCAACAGAUGCAUCGGGAACUGCAAAUAAAGCUUAGGGAAUGGCGUCGUCCGCAGAUGGAGCUUGAACCGGAAAUGCCGGAGCCGGUUUGGAAGCCAGAACUGCAGGAGCAUGAUUGGGAGCCACAACAGCAAGAGCAUGAUUGGGAGCCAGAAAUGGAGUUCGAGCCGCUGCAGGAGCAAGAAAUGCCAAACGUAGCUGACAAGUACAGAGAACGCAAGACUGGCGGCAAAGGACAUGGGAAGAGUAAGCGCUCCUUGCGUUGCAGCAUUUGCUGAAGAAAACCAGUUCAGAUACCGCAGUUAUAUGUCUAUAUAUAUUUUGUUAUUAUUCCACAGCGUUUCACGUUUACGAGUCAGCGUGGCGCUAAAAUUCAAAGCAUCAAUUAAAACAGAUGUAAAAAAAGAUCAAAAAUAAAAAAAGUACAAAAAAUUUCAAUUACAA